AUGCGUCUUCUAAGUCUAGCCCUCUCUACUCUAUUUCUUACAACUACCACCCUCGCUCCAGGCACCCAUGCCUCGCUCGAUUUCAAAGCCAUGCUCUUUGGCAACAACCAAGAUGAGGAAAAUGUCGACUUUGGAUUCCCUGCAGCUUCUCGCCAUCGUCCACCUGUUGACUGUGAUCAAUACGUCUGUCAAGAUACGUUGGCUUGUGUAGCCCAUCCUAUCGAUUGUCCGUGCCCUUACAUCCAUGAUAGCAAAUGCAUGAACGAUGACUGGUACACGUGUGUGCGUGGUAGUUGCGAUCAAUUGUCACUAGAUUAG